CUGGAAGGUAGUGACAUGACACCACCAACAGAGACACGACGAGAGCAAAGUGAUGCCAAAACAUUGGAAUCAGCCAUCGAAUCACUGGAGGUGGUCAUCAAUACUUCCAUCAGACGUCAAUGUUGAUUGAACUGGUCAUCAAUUCUGCAGUUCAUCAGCCAUCAACAUCUGUAUAUCUGGCCCGGCAUGCCCUUCGACAGAGACAGCGGACUGGUGUUUGACGAAAGAACCAUACCAUUACCACGAUGCAGACAUGGAAACAAGCACAACAAGGGCUUUGUCGCGCCCAUCAGACCUGCUUCUGACGGGCCUCGUUCCCUCGUAGACAUGGCCAAAAACACUCUGUUCCGGAACCUGCGCAAGCUCGAUCACACUGCGCUGCAAUAUCUCCCACGAUCGAUGAUAGAACAACUCUGGACGUGGAUCACGGACAGUGCAUGCGACUCUUUGCAUGCUUGGCAAGUCUUUGCCCGCACCGGAAUAUUCGACAAGAAGUGUUCGAGGAGAGAGAUGAUUCUCUGCAUGAAGCCAGAGUGCCUGAUGGAUAUUGCCAGUAGCCCGGAAAUGUCGUGGCUGACGAACCUGACAUUGGGCAGUGUGGACAUGGAUAUGAACUCUGCUCUAUCGAUCUCCCAGAUUCCCAAUAUUCGCACCAUUCACAUACGGGCUUGCCAGUCGGGAAUCUAUCGAAGCCCAUUCACCAACAGAUUGCUGAGAUCUUGGGCGGCAGACGCGACUCAUCGGGGUGCGAUGUCACAGCUCGAGAUGAUCUUCAUCGAAGAUCAGCCCGAAAUCACGACCCAAGCCCUAUGGUACCUCAGCGCCUUCCCCAAACUCCGCAUGUUCACCGUUCGGAAUUGCCGCAUCAACGCGCAGCUUAACGAGUCGCGCAGUGAGAAGUUGAUCUCCGCCCGCCAACGCUUCGCCUGGAAUCUGAAUAGCCCGUACGUCUCUCAGCUGUUGUGUUGCCGUGAGAUGAUACGAGGUAUAUCACCUUACGCGCCAGGUGUAGUGGCACGUACUCGAUCCUGACUGACGUCCGUUGCAGUGGUAUUUUAGCGCGAUUUGACAACAAGCGAUCCUUGUCGUGGGAGGCACUCGUGAACGGUUAUACGAGCAAAUGCAGAACUGAGGGAGACGAUAACCGGCCCGUGAUCGAGGUGGAUGCCGAGGUGAUAUACCAGCCUAUGCGACGUAAAUCCCCAGACAGCGUGCUGUCGUUUGAACGGGAUUGGAAUUGGGAGCCUACAGCAAUGGCUCAGGGAAUGGAACCUGCAACGAAGAGACGCAAAAUCAAGGCUUCUAGCUCCCAAGCAGCGCAGGAACUGAUGUCGGGGGUAAUUUGAGGCAUGUGACCUCUCCUGUUCCAUCCAUUGCGCCUCGACUUGAUCACAAGAAACGCAAAUGGUACUCUCAUGGUGCACGGGCACCGAAUGCAAGCGUCAUCACUUCAGCAGCAGAGUGAGUAUGUUGAGGGCUCGGAGACCUACAUGGACGAUUAUGCUGUACAACAUUGCCUAUAUGCCAAGAAAACACAUGGGCAUCCUCAUAUGCACAUGCACAUGCACAUGCACAAUGCACAAUGCACAGUGCACAGGGAGUACAGUAGAUAGAAAACGAUGGUUGCACCGUUUUAUUCUCCACAGCGCCGGCGCGCCACGGGCCAGGACGAUCUCAUGGAUAAUGCAUACAGUACCUC